CCUCCACCUCUUGCUCGUUGCUCUCUCUGAGAACCUUCAGUCGCUCCUUAACCGGCUCUCGUUAGGAUCCUCAGCGCCAUCGAGUCCUCUACGCUCCUUAAUCGUUGUCGUUUGCUGCACUGCGUCAUUUUAUGCUUCUUGUCUGUUGCUGUCGUUCGCCCACGGGAAGCAUCAGAGUUUGAGGUCCAGUUGAAACAUCUCCAGGAGGUUCCCACGAAACGAACCGUCUAUUUGCAGUUGCCGCCCACCAUUCGAUCCUCGCUUACCCCGAUAUUCCCAGUAGCUGUCAAGCUUCGAGAAGCUCCAAUAUCUGUGCAACAAACCUUGGUGCAUGGUUCUCUUUCGACGAUCGAGUGUUGAAAUAGCAUUGCAGUCUCACUAAUUGCAUCACCACGCACACAGGAAGCGUUGAGCAAUUGCCGUCGCGGCUGCACUUCGACUCGAACAAGCCUCACCGGACGGCAUCAUUUGCCGCCAAGUGUGUCAAGUCCAGUCGAGUGGACCGAGUGUGAAGGAGGAAAAAAGGGAAAAGGUAGCCGUUGGAGGAAGGAGCACAGCUUGAAGACCGUUAGGAGAGAGUGGAGGCAGCCACCACGGAAAGAACAUUCCUCUCGUUGCCAGGCAAAAAUAGCAAAAAUAGCCCGCGCAACCGAAGUCUAUUAUGGAGGCCAGAACAUCCGCAGGUCCAGCCGAGGUGCACAGUGACCGUGACGCGAUACAAGAAGUUCCAGUUGCUGGUGUUGUUGGGGAACCCGCAUCCACAUCUGCCUCGCCCAGAAGGAUCGACAGUAGCGAAAACACGACUCCUGCUUCGCAACUGCCAAUGCUUCACGAUUCAAUGGUCACAGUCCGCUUGUCCGAACCGCCAGUUUUAACUGUUGACACACGAACGAACAUUCUCGCUGGCAGCAAGUUGCGAGUAGCCUCAACGCCCAUCUCCCCAUUGAAACGAGAUAUAGAUUUCGACACUCCACAAUCAACUUCUUCCCCGAAUACAGCGCAUACAGACACAGAAACACACAAGUUAGAUGAUGUGCAAGAAAAUUUGGAAGUACAAGAAGAAGGUUCCCCACGAAUAACCAUGGUGGAUCCCAAUGGCAAAGAGAUGGACAGCCCAAUGAGCCCAGUUGAUUUGGGAUACCAAACAUUUCAGGAUGGAGUCGCGAAAAGAGAUAGUGACCUCUCAGAGGAAUCAGAAGAGUCGGAAGAGGUCAAUUGGGAGGAGCUCGAGAAGACAGAAGAAAAGGAACCCCGCAGCGAAUCCUCAGACGAUGUAAGUGUUGCAGCGAUAAAUGACCAUGUCUAAUGCUAACAACUCCCAGUCUACUGCAUUAUUGCUGGCAAGACUCGAGCAAGAAAACAACAAUCUGGUUUCGAAUCCAAAGUCCGGUAUUACUAAAGUACAGGUUGUCGAAAAAGAACCGGACAACAGAAAAACCAGAAGACAAACCAGACCACCUUCCAUGCAGCACUUAAAGAGACUGGUCAAUGGUCCAACACCUGCCGCAUUACGGUACUCAAUGUUACCCCCGCCUCCUAUGACCGAUCUCGAAUUCUACGCUGCUCUGGUCCAAGACUACAGUAGGACGGCACAAUAUCUGCCGACAUUACUGUCGAAGAAGAUUAGAAGUGGUGUCCCGCCACCAUUACGAGGUGUUGUUUGGCAGAGCAUGUCUGGUGCAAGAGACGCGUUAUUAGAGGAAGAGUUCGACAGAUUGUGCGGCGAAUCCAGUCCAUAUGAGGGUAUAAUCGGAAAGGAUUUGGGAAGAAGUUUCCCAGGAGUGGAAAUGUUCCGUGAUCCUGAGGGAGACGGACAACGAAUGCUUGGGAGAGUACUGAAAUGCUUCAGUUUGUAUGACCACAAGAUCGGAUACUGUCAAGGGUUAGGCUUCAUUGUUGGCCCAUUGCUUAUGCAUAUGGGCGAAAAGCAAGCCUUUUGCGUUCUUGUUAGGUAUGUUGCUUUGUGGCCUCUUGCAACUUUGGGAAAGUGCUAACUAUGUUCAGGUUAAUGGAGCAUUACGACCUCCGAAGUUGCUUUCUUCCAGACUUAUCAGGCCUCCAUGUACGAAUACACCAAUUCCGAGAGUUGCUCAAACAACAUUUACCCGAACUUUCUGCUCGAUUGGACAUCCUUCAGAUCGAUCCAUCAUAUGUCUCGCAAUGGUUCCUGUCCUUCUUCGCUGUUACAUGUCCACUACCAAUGCUCUUCCGAAUCUACGAUGUUAUCUUUGCCGAGGGUGCUUCGGAGACCAUAAUGAGAGUUGCUUUAUCGCUUAUGCGAAAAAACGAGCAAAAAAUAUUGGCUUGCACUGAAUUGGAGGAUGUCAUGCAAUUGCUCCUCUCGAGGGGACUCUGGGAUGUCUACCAUUACAAUGCCGACGAGUUUGUCAACGACUUUGUCAGUCUCACUGGGGUAGUCACGCAUGAAAGUCUGCAGGCAUUGGAACUGAGUUUCAAAGAAGCCGGGGCUGUCGAUGCAGCGAUACCUUCGGAAACCGUUGGCUCAACGGCCGCAAGAUUUCUGGGUCGAUUAUGGGCGGGAUCGAACACAAAACCAAGCCUCAGUCCCGGCUUAACAGCUCCAUCACGACCUAUCAGCUUCUUGCGGAGGUCGCCCUCGAAGCAAAGCAUUGCUUCUACUCUCAACUCAAUGGAGGGUGGUGCUUCGGAUAGCAUGAUGAGUCAGUCGACGGAUGCCACCUCCGUGUCCCGUGACUCGUCAAAUGCAGAUGUUACUUCCAUUCGCACGCCGUCGGUUAUGUCAAAGUCACAUCAAGAUAGAAACUUGCACAGUCAAAUUGAGGAUCUAUUGGCGGCGCUAAGCGAGAUGCAAAGAGACCAUGCUGUGCUUGCAACUCAGCUGCAAAAAGAAAGAGAGGAACGAGAAGAGGACCAGCAGGCCUUCCGAACUCUCUUGAAUGCUUUGAGAAAGAAAAAAAGCUCGGAGACCGUGAUGAGUGGUGAAAGCUUAGAGACUGUGAAGGCGAGUCUAGUAAAUAGGGGAUCAGACACUCUUGGUGAUGAUCAAGAUACUUCCUCUCCACGAGAUUCCGCUUCGAGGUCUUCCACCACUGAACAACAGGAUAUUUCGACGAUUCUGGAACACCUGGAAGGGCGAUUUAAUGCUCCACAGUCGAAACGCAGAGAUUCAAUAAUACAAUCAAAAUCGCAAUUACGAGAAGAACUAUCUCGAUCAAAAGAACAACUCGUCAUUGAACAAUCCAAAACACAAGAAGCGACUCGACGCAUAGGAGAACAAGCACAGGAAAUUUCCAAUCUCAAUGACCAAAUCAAAGCAAGUCAUAUGCACGCCCGAAAUGCACAUGGUGAGAAGCAGCGACUGGAAAAACAAAUUCAAGAAUUAAAAGCCAGGAGGAGUGCCGCCAACACACCGGAUGGCAAUAAGGAGAUGGAGAAUGAAUGGCCAUCUCGGUCGUCGAAUGGCGGACUACGUGAAUUUAGACUCGGUCGAACGAAUUCUGGUCAGUCCAAUAAGACAGCAUCAUACAGCAAACGCACUUCGAGUCUCAAUGCAGCAGCCAUGAUGGCAAGAGAGUCGGAAAGACCGGACUCCAUCGAAUCCACGCCCACAAAGUCCGAUGUCGACACAGAAGCUCUUGUCCUUGAACUUGUACAGGCGAAAACCGGAAAAGCCAUCGCCGAACAAGAAGCCGAAGAGGCCAAGGCAAAACUAGAGGCCCUGCGCAAGGUUCUUGCCCUCAAUGGACUCAAUGGAGCUAACAUUUCAAACGAUUCCCCAACCAUCACCCUUCAUCGUUCGACCCCAAGCGCCCCUAUGAUUGAGCGAACUCAAUCAGCAGCACCUGCGGCACCUGCAGCAACCGGUGGUGGAUUUAUGGGCGGCUGGGGAGGUUGGGGCAGACGAGCUGUCAGUAGUGCUGGAGAAAAGACUCUUACUCCGAGUGGUUGAAAAGGGGAUGAAUGAAAAAGUUCUGUAAAUUAUUGAUGAAGCGGAGAUUAAAUACCCGGUGGUUUGCGACGAAGACGAGAUGAUAAGCGACAAUUGGGGAGUUUAACUGUAUAUGAGAUGAGACCUAGCUGGGGGGCAUUGGUGUUGGGGCUGAGAGAGUCGUUUUAUCACCUUCAUUCUGUAGAUUCAGGAGAUCCUACCUCAGGUAGAGUGAAUUAAUUAAUUUGAGGCAAAUGACAAGAUGGCUUGAUUGAUGGACCUGAUUACAAUAGAUUACCAUCACCUCUUU